AUGCGCCGCAACGGCUUACAUAAGCAGUCCCGCAGCCACGCGACGUCUCAACGCUGUGGAAUACGCCAAUUGACAACCUUCGGAGGGGUAAUGGUAGAAUGGAGUCCGACGUCUUGGACGUCGAAACCGAUCAAACAAGAUGUCACAUAUGAGGACCCCGAUGCUGUGAAAGCCGCCUUGACAAAACUUCAGAAGCUGCCACCUUUGGUUACCCCUCAUGAGAUUGUUAGUCUGAAAAAUAGCCUACGGAAUGUUGCUCUUGGAAAGGCCUUUGUCUUGCAGGGUGGUGACUGCGCGGAGCUUUUCGAUUAUUGUAACCAGGACAAGAUUGAGGCGAAGGUCAAGCUCCUUCUUCAAAUGAGCUUGGUUUUAAUCUGGGGAGCCAACAAACCUGUCGUUCGUAUCGCUCGGAUAGCUGGCCAAUUCGCCAAGCCGCGAUCCAGCCCAAAUGAGACUAUUAACGGUAUCACAAUGCCCUCCUUCCGCGGCGACAAUAUAAAUGGUUUCGAUGCCACACCGGAGUCCCGAAAACCUGACCCAGAACGCUUGGUAUCAGCAUACUUCCACUCUGCUGCGACGCUCAAUUAUCUUCGUGCAGCUUUAUCUUCCGGAAUCGCAGAUCUCCACUCCCCCCUCGACUGGGGGCUGGGUCAUGUCGUUUCGCCAUCCAUCACCCAGAAAUACGAAAAAAUAAUCAACGCAGUUACAGAUGCUCUGCGUUUUAUGCACACUGUUGGUCUGGACCAAGACCGCCGCGUUGAGACGGCCGAUAUAUACACUAGCCACGAGGGCCUGUCAUUAGAGUAUGAGCAAUCAUUCACUCGUCUCCUGCGUCAUCCACCCGAGGCUUUCCCAUCACCCGCUCAAUAUCAAGAACGAACGCUCCGACGUGGGUCGUCAGCAUCAAUAUCAAAGGGUUACUACGAUACCUCCGCACAUUUCCUCUGGAUAGGAGACCGCACGCGGCAGGUCACGGGUGCCCACGUCGAAUUCUUCCGCGGCCUCAGCAACCCCAUCGGUAUAAAGAUUGGACCCAGCAUGACAGCCGAUGAGCUGGUCGAGCUACUCAAUACCGUCAAUCCAACCAAGGAAAUCGGAAAGGUCACGCUCAUCUCGCGGUACGGCGCCGAUAAAAUCUCCCAAUACCUCCCGGCACACAUUGCCGCUGUAAAGGCUUCUGGCCAUUUGCCCGUCUGGCAAUGUGACCCGAUGCAUGGAAAUACGCAAUCGACACCGUCUGGCGUGAAGACGAGGCAUUUCACGAAUAUAUUGUCAGAGCUCAAACAGGCACUAGAGAUACAUCGAGCUUCGGGCAGCUUUUUGGGAGGAAUGCAUCUCGAGCUGACAGGCGAGGCGGUGACGGAGUGUGUUGGAGGCGCUGGCGGAUUGACAGAGGAAGGUCUUUCGGAGCGUUAUGAGACAUUCUGUGAUCCAAGGCUUAAUGAAAAGCAAGCUCUUGAAUUAGCGUUUUUGGUUGCUGGGUUUUACAGAGAGGAUAUGGAACGCGAAGAGCAAAUUCUUUGA